GAGGGAGGGGGCGCGUGUUUGUAAAGUUUGAGCGAAUCGACUCAGAUUGAGGAAAGUUUAGAUUUAAUCAGAAAAGAAAUACCGUUUUACACAGACAGACAGGCAGGCAGACAGACAGACAGACAGGCAGACAGACAGGCAGGUGAAAACUACAGACUGCGACAAGCAGAAACUGACGGAGCUCCGACUCCCAGGCGGAGACACCAGGAGAUCGCAGCGCUUCCGCCGGGCCAAGGAGCUCGACAGCCGGCAUGAAGAUCGAGUUCGCCCCGCUGAACAUCCCGCUGCGGAGGAGACUUCAGACCGCCGCGGUGCUGCAGUGGGUCUUCUCCUUCCUGGGCUUAGCUCAGUGCUGUCUUGCUGCCUUCGUCCUCCUGGCUCUCUCUGAUUGGUGGAUGGUGGCCCUGCUGUAUGCUGGUUGGCUGUGGUUGGACUGGGACACGCCCAGUAGUGGAGGUCGGAGGUCACACUGGGUCAGGAGCUGGAGGGUCUGGGACUACUUCAGGGACUACUUUCCUCUUACGCUGGUUAAAACAGUCGAUCUGGACCCAAAGAAAAACUACAUCUUUGGAUUUCAUCCACAUGGUGUGCUGGUUGCAGGGGGGUUCGGUAACUUCUGUACAGAAGCAACGGGUUUUUCUCGUCUGUUUCCUGGAUUGAAGUCUCACCUGCUGAUGCUGCCGUUCUGGUUCAGAGUCCCACUCUUCAGAGACUACAUCAUGUGUGGAGGCCUGGUGUCGAGCUCUAAGUCCAGCCUGUCGUACCUGGUCAGUCGACCUGAAGGGGGUAACAUUGCUGUCAUCGCAGUGGGCGGAGCUCCAGAGGCUCUGGAUGCCAGACCAGGAGCUUUAACACUGCAGGUCCGAAACAGGAAGGGCUUCAUCAAACUGGCUCUGAAACACGGGGCUCAGCUGGUUCCUGUCUUCUCAUUCGGAGAAAACGAGCUGUUUGAUCAGAUGGAGAAUCCGACUGGCUCCCCUCUGAGGAAGCUGCAGAACCGGCUGCAGAGCAUCAUGGGAGUUGCCAUGCCUCUGUUUCAUGCCAGAGGAGUGUUUCAGUACAGCUUUGGAUUGAUGCCCUACAGGAAGCCCAUCCACACCAUUGUGGGGAAGCCUAUUGCUGUCAUCCAGACUCCCAGUCCCAGCAGUGAGGACAUCAAGAGUCUUCAUAAAGUUUACCUGCAGAGUUUGACUGAACUGUUUGAGCAACACAAACACACCUACGGUCUCAGCGAACACCAGCACCUCACCUUCAUAUGAACACCUGAGUUUUUCCUACUGUGGACAUUAAACUGUGAAAGUUUAAACAAUC